AUGCAUUUCCUUCAGACUUUGGCCGCCUCAUUCCUGCUUGGUAGGGCCCUGGUCGGAGCUACCGGCACGCACAAGGCCUCUAAGCCCAUUGCGCCCAAGGUGUUCAUCGUCUCCAUGUUUGAACCCGAAGCUGAAGCCUGGUGGAACAUCCCCGAGUUCGAUCUGUUGGCCCAUAACAUCACCCUUCCUGGCCUAUCGCCUCUGUACCCCGAUGUCCACUGCACCGAGGACUACGAGAUCUGCCAAUUGAUCACCGGCGAGUCCGAAAUCAAUGCCGCGACCACCGUCACCUCCGUUGCCUUCUCCCCCGUCUUCGAUCUCACUCAAACAUACUUCUUCAUUGCUGGUAUUGCCGGUGUGAGCCCCAAGAAGACCACUACUGGAUCAGUGACCUUUGCGCGGUACGCUGUUCAGGUUGCUUUGCAGCAUGAGAUUGAUAUUCGGGAGCUCGGUAGCAACUAUACCACUGGAUAUAUCCCUCAAGGAGCGGACUACCCCGAUCAGUACCCCACCAGCAUCUAUGGAACCGAAGUGUUUGAGAUCAACGCUGAUCUGCGCACCAUGGCUGUCGACUUUGCCCGCCAGGCCAACCUUUCUGACUCGGCCACCGCUCAGGCUUACCGCAAGCACUAUGUCACCCCUAGUGGAAUGUUCAAGGCUGCUACCAUGUCCCCCAGUGUUCUCGAGUGCGAUGUCGCCACCUCAGAUGUUUACUACAGCGGAAACAUCCUUGGCUCGACUUUCGAAAACACCACCAAGAUCUGGACUAACGGCACUGGUGACUAUUGUGCCACUGCCCAGGAGGAUAACGCCACCCUUGAAGUCCUUCUCCGCUCGUCGGCCCGCAAGCUGACUGACUUCUCCCGCAUCAUCGUCAUGCGCACUGCAUCUGACUUUGACCGCCCCUACCCCGGCUCGUCGGCUGUCUACAACCUUCUGUACGCCGACCAGGGUGGCUUUACCCCCGCUCUUAAGAACCUCUACGUGGCUGGAAUCAAGGUCGUUGAGGGUAUUCUCGACGGCUGGAACACUACCUUCGCCGCUGGUGUCAAGCCUAGCAACUACAUUGGUGAUAUUUUCGGUACUCUCGGUGGUACCCCUGACUUUGGUCCCGGACGCAAGGAGGCUCUUGUGGACAGUGGCGCAUACAAGAAGCGCAGCCUGUCGAAGCGCCAGCGCCUCGCACGCCGCGGCUAA